AUGUCAAGUUCACAAUGGCUUAGCCAGGCAUGGCAACGAUACAAGACGGCAGUACAGAGACCUGGCACCAGGGAAUAUCGGCGUAUGAUGAAUGCCAUCGGGAUACUAGUAGGAUGCGGAUGGAUCCUGAUGAGCGAGAUGCAGGACCCAAAGAUAUUCAAGAUACCAAGGGCCAUGGAGUUCUCAGUGGAUGAGAUGCGUGAAUGGAAUGAGGCCACUGGACCACAGGAGCGAAGUAAAUGGGCGAUGUCCAUCGAUGAUGAAAAGGCACUGAUUGAUGCGGAGUUGAAGCGACUGGAGGGUCGUCGCAAGGACACAUUACUCGACCCAUUGCACGCCCAGGGCUUGGCAAAAGGCACAGACAGAUGGUGA